GCUGAGCCACUCGUUGGCACGAGAGGCUAAAGUUCAGGAGGGGGAUCGAAACCAGGGAAAAAGGGAUUUCCGGAAUGGCGUGCAGGAGCGUGGCGAUGCGGUCGAUGCUGCUCUCGGAGCAGCCGUGGCACCUCUCCCGGAGCGCAGUGCUCGCUUCUUCCUCUCCGAUUCUUCGGCGCCGAGGUAAGGCUUGGUUUGGAGCCUCCCCGAUUCGUUGCUCUCGCGGCGACUCGCCGUCGCCUACCUCGCCUCAGGACGAGCAGGGCCCGCCCCAGGAGGCCGUCCUCAAGGCCAUCUCAGAAGUAUCGAAGGCUGAAGGAAGGGUUGCACAGACAACCAAUGUUGUUAUUGGCGGUACAGUGGUUAAUGAUUCUACCGAUGAAUGGCUUGUUCUAGAUAAGAAGGUUAAUUCAUAUCCCACAGUCAGACGGUUUACUGCAAUUGGAACUGGUGGUGAUGAAUUUGUCCAAGCAAUGGUGGUUGCCGUUGAAUCUGUGAUCCAGGAAUCAAUUCCUAAGGGUAGGGUGAGUCAGAAAGUGUCAUCAAGGGGCAAAUACGUAUCGGUAAAUAUCGGACCUAUUCGUGUCGUCUCUAGUGAACAGGUGCAAGCCGUAUACAACGCCAUGAAGAGAGAUGAUAGGAUGAAGUAUUUCCUAUGAACCUCAUGUCUCUAAAGAAACGGAUCAUGGUUCGAUCUCAAUGCGGGCUGUCGACGCCAUUUCGGAAGAUCCCAGGUACUGAAGUCAUGCGAUGUUUACGUGGUUUAGUUAGCUCUUGCAGGACUGCUAAGCCCUUUCUGGUCAACCACGACCACACCAAUUCUUUCAGAUCGAGCCUUCAAAGGCUCUGACUCAUCCAAUUUUUGGGGAAUCAUUGACAAGGGGGGGAGGAAACUGUAGAAUAGAUUUGUGUUAGCUAAAUGUGAUUUAUUUAUCCCUCUUUAGAGAAGAACAAAAUAAAUAAGAACGUUUGCUUUUGUAAAGAAAAGAAUAUCUUUUUUU